AUGGACGAAUUGGACAAGAAGUUCACGGCCGUAUUCGAGGAGUCGGACAGGAUCACGGCUUUUAUUAAUCGUCAGGAGGCUGUAAACGUAGAUUUUGCGCACAAGUUGAACCAGAUUCCGGAUGUUUUGAAAAUUGUCGAGGGUCACGGCAAGAGAAUUGCGGCGUUGGAGGCUCAGAGCGCACGGCUCUUGAGCUCUCAGCGGGUUGUUAGCAGGUCGUCUGCUGCGUCGGGGGUCUGCAGAACGUCGGACAUUAUUAUCUCGGGUAUACCAAGUGAGUUCACUGAUUCAUCCGGCGAUAUAGGGAGCGUUUUUACGGCGCUGGGUAUUCCUCAACUGGUCCCGGACGUUCUGGAGACCCGCGACGUGGUAAAGCGAAGCGUGCCGAUAGCGGGCGGCGAGUCGUCAGGCGACGUUUCGACUGCUGAUGGUGGAGUCGAAGCAGCUGGUCGCAAAAAAUCAGUAAUAGUGGCACUUAAGUCACGUGAGGUUCGUGAUCAUGUUCUUAAGGUGAUGUGUAGUAGGCGACGACUAACGGUAAACGAUGUUUUUGAAAGGAAUGUCCCGGGCAACAUUCACGUAAACGAGCUGUUUCCGACUGACACUUACAAUUUGUUAAAUCGAACGAGAAUUAAAGCAAGGCAGUCCUCUUACAGGCAUGUGUGGAGCAGGGAUGGCCAGAUCUUUGUCCGUAGGGAACAUGGGCAGCCUCCCAUAUUAAUUUCUUCUGAGGCUGAUUUAGCAAAACUCCAAUGA